AUGGGAGUCAAGCCAGUGAAGCUUGACGUCGCCAAGUUCGGCUCCGACGCCGGCAAGCUCCUCCGGUGGACUCUGCAAGUCGAGACCGCGGCCGAUGCGUUGUAUUUCACCCGCGAAUCUACACGCGUGGCAUUUGCCCUUUCCCAUCUCAAGGGCCAGGCGGAAGACUGA